UUAUUUUUAUUUGUGCUGUCAAAACAAACGCAUGCCGUCAGAUUUCAUUAGGCUUCAUUUACUUUUGCAUUAAUAUUAAAUUACAUAUUCUGAAUUUUCAACACUUUUAUUAAUUAAUACGAAUUUAAACAUGUCUGAGAGCAGCUCUAAGGACACAGUUCUGAAAACUGCGAUGACCUAUAUAUGUGGCGAGUGUCAUCAUGAAAACGAAAUGCGUCCACGUGAUCCUAUACGUUGCCGUGAGUGUGGCUACCGCAUCAUGUACAAAAAACGUACCAAGCGAUUGGUUGUUUUCGAUGCGCGCUAAUUUCCGUCAAUUCAGCUAUACAAUGUCUUUAAAAUGAUAUUAGAAUUUUAAGUGAAUCCUUUAUAGAGAAUAAAUAUAGUAUAGUAAAAGCAAA